AACCGUAGAAGAAGAAAAAACGGAAGUGUAGGAGUGAGGAAGUGUGUGUAGCUUUGCCAAGUGGACUUCACCGCCUUAGCGUUGUGUUGUAUUUAUUUUUUAUCAAACGGGUAGAUAACCUUUCUUUCUGCUGUAAAAUGUCUAAAAACACGGAUUCUGCCCGCUUCCGGAGAGUAGACGUGGAUGAGUACGAUGAGAACAAGUUUGUGGAUGAAGAGGACGGAGGAGAGAACCAAAGCGGUCCGGACGAGAAUGAGGUGGACUCUCUGCUGAGACAAUAUCCUCCACAGUUAUUCAUGUUUCCAUCUUUAUUGAUUCAUCAAUUAUGCAUUAGUAGUCAAAUAAACCUUCAAAUACAAUCUUGAUAUUUGAGAAGAAAGAUGAAUGAGAAUCUACAACCAGUCAGACACACCGAAAUUGGGCUCUGUUUCCUCCUAAACUCCAUCUGAUGAGCUGAAUUUCUGCUCCGAAUCUGACCUUUUUUUAAUUCAAUCUGUGAAUAUGUCAAUUUUAUUGAAGCUGCAGAGAAGUGUUUGAUUUGUGUCAGUGUUGAGAGUAUUUCCGCGGUGAAGCUCAUGUUUCCGGGUAGCUCACUAAGGUGUGGUUGAUCCCCUCUCUCUCACACACACACACACACACACACACACACACACACACACACACACACACAGCUGUGACUUCACUUUAACAGUACUAAAGCAACUGCAUACACACAUUUACCUUUUUUUUUUUUUUUUUUUUACAAACUCCAAGCAACUCCACUAGAUUUUUAACAUGUAAUGUUGAAUUUCCCUUUUAUACUUUGUGUUUGAAUGAACUUCUUCUGGUUUGUCUGGUAGACGCUGAAGUCAGCAUCUGAUUCAGAGCUUCAUUCAGACUCAAAGCUGUUAGUCCUGAUCCAAAAUCACUGUACAGAGGCAACAAAGACCUGGACAUGAGGAUCCCAAAGGGGCUAGAGAAUCUUUUAUGUAGACUUCAAAAUCUGAUAUUUCCCCCUUCCUGUGCCACUAAUCUGUUUUCCAAAAUGCAGGCCUUUUACAUUCAGCUGCUGGGGUGAUGUGAACUUGAUGUUUGAUGUUUUUCUGCUUUUUUCUACCAUCAACAGCUACAUGUCACAACCAGAAAUUGACCUUGUUUAGAGGUGUGAUAAAGAUAUUUAUUCAGACAUUAUACAGUGAUAAAAUGUUCAUAUUUUUCCCCCAAAACCCUCACACUGAUUAACAAUGUGAAGUAAUAUCUGAGGACUUACCUCAGAGUCUUACACAAUGUUGACUGACCUGCAGUUAGUUGCCUCGUAUUUAGCGUUGAAGUUUCUUUCUUACCCUCAGCUUAAUCUCAACUCAACUUUAUUUGUAAAGCACUUUAAAACAACCACAGCUGAACAGUGCGGUAAAACAAUGGAUAAAAUAAAAGCAGAUAUUAAAAAGUAAAAUGUAGUUUCAAUGUUUUUUAAAAACUAAUUUAAAAACAUGGAAACAAACUACUAAAAACAAACCAUAAAACACAGACAGGAGUCUCAUGCAGGGUUGAAAGCAUAGACUGUAUAUAGAAUGGACAGAGUCUGCCUCCUCGCUGGGUGAAGCCACUCCGAGAACAGCACCCUCUGUUGAUGGGCUGCAGUAUAGGUCAUAAAUCCCGCCUCUGCCAGCAAAGCUUAUGGAGCUGUGGACAAACUUGAAAUUUAUUACACAGAACAUAAAUUUUUCUCCCCCCUGCUUGUGAUGUUGACAUGUAGUUACAGUAAGACCGGUUUGUGCUCAAGUCCUCUUUUUUCUGUGAAGCUCCGUUUUUAAAAGUUAUAAGGGGGUUCAUGUUUUCUAUGAUUGACACCUGAUACAGCCAAUGGGCAUUCAGGGAUUCAGGGAUAGCUCACCCGGGGGGGAUACGCUGUUUGAGCCGAGCGUCAUCACAGCGACUCUCUGCGACUGCGCGGCCGAAUGCGCGCAUCGCUACUGCGCAGCGCUGGUUUCAGGAAAUGAAGAAAAAUCCUGGAAAUACCGAGAGCUAUUUGGCUUCAAAUCCGUAUACAGGCGGUAGGCGGAACAAAGUUGUCCAUAGUAUAUACACUCACCGGCCACUUUAUUAGGUACACCAUGCUAGUAACGGGUUGGACCCCCUUUUGCCUUCAGAACUGCCUCAAUUCUUCGUGGCAUAGAUUCAACAAGGUGCUGGAAGCAUUCCACAGAGAGCUUGGUCCAUAUUGACAUGAUGGCAUCACACAGUUGCCGCAGAUUUGUCGGCUGCACAUCCAUGAUGCGAAUCUCCCGUUCCACCACAUCCCAAAGAUGCUCUAUUGGAUUGAGAUCUGGUGACUGUGGAGGCCAUUUGAGUACAGUGAACUCAUUGUCAUGUUCAAGAAACCAGUCUGAGAUGAUUCCAGCUUUAUGACAUGGCGCAUUAUCCUGCUGAAAGUAGCCAUCAGAAGUUGGGUACAUUGUGGUCAUAAAGGGAUGGACAUGGUCAGCAACAAUACUCAGGUAGGCUGUGGCGUUGCAACGAUGCUCAAUUGGUACCAAGGGGCCCAAAGAGUGCCAAGAAAAUAUUCCCCACACCAUGACACCACCACCACCAGCCUGAACCGUUGAUACAAGGCAGGAUGGAUCCAUGCUUUCAUGUUGUCGACGGCAAAUUCUGACCCUACCAUCCGAAUGUCGCAGCAGAAAUCGAGACUCAUCAGACCAGGCAACGUUUUUCCAAUCUUCUAUUGUCCAAUUUCGAUGAGCUUGUGCAAAUUGUAGCCUCAGUUUCCUGUUCUUAGCUGAAAGGAGUGGCACCCGGUGUGGUCUUCUGCUGCUGCAGCCCAUCUGCCUCAAAGUUCAACGUACUGUGCGUUCAGAGAUGCUCUUCUGCCUACCUUGGUUGUAACGGGUGGUUAUUUGAGUCACUGUUGCCUUUCUAUCAGCUCGAACCAGUCUGGCCAUUCUCCUCUGACCUCUGGCAUCAACAAGGCAUUUCCGCCCACAGAACUGCCGCUCACUGGAUAUUUUUUCUUUUUCGGACCAUUCUCUGUAAACCCUAGAGAUGGUUGUGCGUGAAAAUCCCAGUAGAUCAGCAGUUUCUGAAAUACUCAGACCAGCCCUUCUGGCACCAACAACCAUGCCACGUUCAAAGUCACUCAAAUCACCUUUCUUCCCCAUACUGAUGCUCGGUUUGAACUGCAGGAGAUUGUCUUGACCAUGUCUACAUGCCUAAAUGCACUAAGUUGCCGCCAUGUGAUUGGCUGAUUAGAAAUUAAGUGUCAACGAGCAGUUGGACAGGUGUACCUAAUAAAGUGGCCGGUGAGUGUACAGUCUAUGGUUGAAAGCCAAUGAAUAAAAAUGGGUUUUAAGACGAGUUUUAAAAUUUGAUUUUGAGGGGUAGCUCGUUCCAUAAUUUUGGGGCCAUAACAGAAAAAGAUCUAUCCCAUCUGAGCUUCAGUUUGGACCUUGGUACCUCCAGGACCAGCUGAUCAGCUGACCUGAGGCAUUGAGCAGGGGUGUAGCGGUGGAGCUCAGCGAGGUAAGAUGGAGCCAGACCAUUUAAAGAUUUAAAAACAAAUAAAAGAAUCUUAAAAUGAACUCUAACUCUAGGUCUGUGGUGAUUCAAACAUAGCCUGGCUGGGCCAUCCAGUUGCGUGAGUCACUUGCUGUUCCUUCCCACAACAGUCUAGACUUCGGCCAAUUGGGAGCGAGUAUUAAAAAUCAGAAAAUAACUGGGCCGAUCACUGACUGUGUUUCCACUGUUAUCCAUUGUUUCCCUGACAACAGUGAAAGGCAGCCCCUGAUUGGUCCAUGUGUAGAUGGUGACAUCUAACACAUGCUGCGGGACUUUUCAAAGCGCCGUUCAUUCAGCAAAGUCAGCAGAAAUCGUUUAUAUUCGCAGAAGAAGACGUAAAAGACAUUUGCUGCGUCCGAAUUGCCAAGUAGUAGUCGAAGUAGUAUGUAGCAUGUCCAAAUUGGCCACCAGAGCAAGUAGCAUGUUACUUCAGAUACUAGACACGCCCACAUUGUAGGAUGGUCGCUGUGCAUCUCAUUGAACAAACGAUCACCACGUGAGUGAAUGAAGGCUAAAAGUAAUGGAAAAGCUACCUUGUGAAUUUCUAAAGCAGUGCAGGAAUAUAAUACAACAGCAUCCAUCACUUGCACAAUUACCAUUCAAAGAGUCUAAAACGGGCACAGUACCUACUCUCUGCCUGCGGGGGUCGUCUUUCCCCACCGCUCGUCUAGUGUGUCCGAAUUGGGCCAACGUGCUGAGUAUGUAGGAGUAGGAUCUAGCAGUAGUAUGUAGCAGUAGUAUGUAGUAUGCGAGCAGGCAAUUCGGACACAGCAAUUGUUUGCUCGCAGACGAUGAAAUAUUACCAAACCUUUACUUGAUGCUUAAGAGCCCAGCAGGGAACACAGUUGCGCACUGUGAUGACGUCAGAUGUUUGGUUACAGUGAUUGGUUACAGUAGUCUGUCUAUCAAGGAAAGUACUCCCGCCCACCUUUGGGGCUCCCAAUUGGCCGAAGUCCAGACUGUUGUGGGAAGGAAUGGCAAGUGAUUCACGCAACUGGAUGGCCCAGCCAGGCUAAUUCAAACACAUCUAAAUAGUACUCUGUCAGCUUUUGGGAUGUGGUUGUUUGCCAUCAUUCGUCUGUUUCGCUGCACCUGUAUGCUUAGCUCAUAGGUGGUGACUCACUUAUAAUACCUUGGAGAUAUCUUAAUGCAGUUUAUCAAAAGAAAAGUGUGUUUUACACUGGACUUGUUAGGUGAGCCAGCUGGAGGAGUUUUCAGAGUGAAAUAUGCUGCUUAAAAGCAGUGGUGUCAUUAUUUUCUAUCAUAGUGGCUGAAGGUAGUAAAGGCAGUCGGACUUGUAAUGGUGAUCCUUAAGGGACAAAAUAACACAAACACAACAGCAUUGAUUUCUGAUCUUAAUCAUUACAGUUUCUGUGUCAAUGCAGACAGCCCAUUAUCUGAAUACAUGAUUAUCAAGUUUGGCGUACUCAUUUUAAUUCUGUGUAUUUGUAUUAUAAGUCAUGAAUGCAGUUACUUAACAUGACCAGUAAAACUGAUGCAACAGAGCAAUGAUCACUCAACCAUGGUGUUUUGUACAGAAUUUCAAUAGAACUACAAAACAUAGCUCCCUUGAAAUCAUGGCGGUUUCAAAUGUAGAGGAUAGUGUUUAAAUAAUCCAAAUCCGAAGAAGAUUUGUACCUGUAUCUCUGUCCUGUAAACUGUUUUGGCCUUAACUACAGGUUUUAAGGGGAGUAUGACUGCAGCUCUCCAUGCUGCACUUAAGAAUCCCCCCAUCAACUCCAAGAACCAGAACACCAAGGUAACAGGUUAUCAUUGUGUGUUUGUUUGUGCAGUAAUACCCUCAAGGAAGAUGAUUGUUGUUCUUGUUCUCCUUUCUUUUGACCUGAUAUUCUAACUGGAGAGAAGGGAAUUCUGCUGUGCUGUGUGAAACUGAAUUGUCUAGUUUUAAUUAAUAUCAGGUAAAGCGUAAGAUUGAGGUUUAUUAUGUGGGUGUGCUGAGGUCAUCAGCACCUUGCAGUCAGCAGUUUUCAUGUAGAAUCAACAAUAUAUUUAUAAGCUGCAAAAAUCCUCAUUAGAGAGGAAGGCUCUGACAUUGUCUAUAUGUAGUGUGAUAACCUUUUCCUCUGCAUGUGUGUCUUUUUGUGGGGUUAUGUGUGUGGUUGCGGGGCUGUGCAGGAACGGGCAGAGCUGCUGGUGGUGCGGGUGCUGAGCAGUUUUAAGAGCAGUGACAUAGAGAAAGCUGUGGGCUCCCUGGACAAAGCAGGAGUGGAUCUCCUGAUGAAAUACAUCUAUAGAGGGUUCGAGAAACCGUCUGACAACAGCAGUGCCGUGCUGCUACAGUGGCAUGAAAAGGUACAAAUUGAUAACACGAUGAAAGAAAGCUUACCAAAGAAAAUGGCCUAGAACAAUGAAAAACAUCUGAUUUAUCUCAGCGUCUUCAUUGUUACCACUCUGUCAUUUGUCUCUGCUGUCAUACAAACUGAAAGUACAGGUGCAUGUCAAAAAAUUGGUUUUAAUUGUGAUUCAUUUAGCUCAUGAAAAUCAUACCAGUUUUUCAAAUUAUUGAAGUAUUUCCUACAGUCAGUUCAAAAACAGGAUUCAGAUGAGUCAAACUAGUGCUUUAAUUUUUGUUCCAUACUUCUCAAAAAUGGACUUGGGGUUGUUACUUUGAAAUAAAAAACCCUACACGGGUUUCUCUUCCAGUUUGACUUACUCUUGUACAGUUACUCACAGACUCACAGUGGAACCCAGAUUCUGUUUUUCACUCUCACUAGAUUCUUCGUGGAUCCAGGUUUUGUGUCAUCUGUUUAAGAUGCAUCACACUAGACUUUUCUCCUUUUAAUGUGUGUUUGUGUUUAUUUGUCUUCAGGCUCUGGCUGUUGGAGGAGUGGGAUCUAUAGUCCGAGUCCUGACUGCUAGGAAGACUGUGUGAUGGUCCCAUCGCCCAAAGUCCACCUAGCACCAGACGUCGGACCGGCAUCUGAUCUUUGGAUCUCAGUGCAGAGAUGAGCCUUUUUUUCUGUCUCUGUUUUGAUUUUUAUACUGAAGCUUAGUGUCUUCCCCCUCUGCCCUCACACUCUGAGCUGUGGGAUUUAGCGUAGCUGGCGGUCAGUCAGGGGUGCUGGCACCUCACACUGUCUCUGUCUGCCAGCCACGCAGUGAGGACACACACAUUCAUACGCUUCACUUUCUCCUUUAAGCAGCUCUGAGCUCUUUGAGACAGCUUCACAGCUGCUCUGAUGCCUCUGCUGGCUCCUGUUACACCUUUUUCCUCCUCCUCCUCCUCCUCCAUCUUGUUUGAAGCCUCUCAGUCCUCUCUCAGGGUUAUGGCAAUGGAAAAGAUUGCUUUUAGAUGGAGGAUGAUCACUGGUAUUUUCUCGGGGCAUAGUAGGACUCUGCUCUUAUUCUUCCUUUUCAUUCUUACCUGGAGACCAAUUUUGUUAAUUGUCUAUUUGUUUUUUACUUAAAUCAUUAUAUUGUUGUGUGGGGCCUACUUCUUUUGUUUUUUAUAUCUGAAAAAUAAAGUGCUAUACCUGAAAACAGA